AUGGUGCCGCCUGCCUGGAAACUUCUCAGCCAGCCAUACACGGAGUUGAAGGUGGACACCGUACCGAGGACGCGCUUCAAAGACAACAGCUCUGAGAAACUGCGAAGGACUGGCAACGGCCGCACUCUCAUCAUUUUUGCUUUUCGGACUGGCUGGUAUCCAUCUCCCAGCAGGGACAUCCGCAACGUCGAGUUCUUCAUUCGCCAAGUCGUCGGUGGACCGCGAUCCGCGGACCUGGACUUCAUUUUCGUGGACACAUCGGAUCAAGGCCCCGCAAUUCCCGUGCCACACUUGGAGAACGUGAAGUACAUCUACAGGCCCAAUAUUGCCUUCGACAUGUGUUCGUACAAGACCGCACUGGCGCUGGUGGCACCUGGGCAGUACAAAUAUAUCGUGCUCAUGAACGGCACGGUGAGGGGUCCAUUUGCCACAGCGCGGGACUUUCUGGAAGCCUUCAAGCAAAUGCUCAGUGCAAAAACACCCGUGGUUGGCACCACCUUCAACUGCUUGCCCAAGGGUCACAUCCAGUCCAUGUUCUUCGUGGUGAACUCUGUUGGCGCCGAGCUGCUCAAUGCCACCUUGAGCUGUGACAUCCCAGACAAAGGGGCCGCCACUUACGGCCCGCAUGGGGAGAUCAACAUUUCGCAGAAUGUUCUAAAAGCUGGCUACAACAUCGGAGUCGUGCAGCCGUUUUGGCGCGGGCAUGACUUCAGAGAUGUGAACGCAACUUGGCACAGGUGCGAAAGCUAUCCAGAGAGCAAGGACCCUUACUAUCCAAUGAACGACGUGGAUCCCCAGACCAUGGGGCCCAAGGACAUCUAUCCAGAUGAGGUGAUCUUUUUCAAGACCACGCGACACGUGAAUGAUGGCCGGCUGGACUGGUUGACGCAACGCUUUGAGAGGGCAUGCACCAAGCGAGCAGAUCUUUGUGGGGUAGCUGCAGCUGAAGUGAUUUGGCACUGGCCGAACGACCAGCGCAGCCUCCUGGUUGUUUUUGGGCUUUGCAGCGGCUGGUUUGCCCUCGUUCUGCUUAUGGGGCGCCGAUGUAGGGACAAGAAGGUAUAG